CGAGAGCGGGCUCUUCCCGAGGACGGAAGGAUUGUGUUAGAUUGAUAAAUGAUUGUAGCCCGCUGUGCUUAACUAGUGUUGCAGGAUAUCUCAACUGUGAUGACACUUACCCAUCACCUAUACCUAUUACCGAGAGUUCCCGACUUGCCAGGAUGCCUCAAGUUCAUCAAACAGCUCCAACGUCAACCAGUGGCUCCAGAACCGAGUCACUAGCGGAGUCCAAUGAGGGCCCUUCAACAACCCGUAUAUCAGCAACUCUGAGACUACGUGCAGAAAGUGCAGAAGACCGUUCCAUAUCCAAUGAGCACGUUGAAAUUCGGAAUCCAGCUCGGCAUAUACAGUGGAGAGAUGACGUUAUCGACAACGAAGGAAUGGGAAAGAAAAGCUCCAAAGUCUGCUGCAUAUACCAUAAAGCUCGACCUGUCGGUGAAAGUAGCUCAGAAUCAGAAUCGUCUGAUUCCAGUGAGUCCGAUUCCGAUUCCGAUCACGGCGCUGAUGAUCAGACUCACCGUAACGGCGGGCGGCGGUCUCGUCACCACAUGAGCUGUGACCACAACAGCCCUGGACAUACAUCAUCAGAACGGACUUCCGAUACCGGAAAGAUAAGACGAAGAAAAUUUAGCCCCAAUGCCUACGAGAAGAUGCCUAAGACAAAAAGGGGUCGCUGAGCAUGCUUGAAGCAAAGAAUAGAUUUCCGUGAAGAACUUGAAGCUCACCGUAAUCAAACCCACACGCAUGUGUUCGGAAUGUUGCAUCAAGCUUUAUUCAAGCAUAGUAACCCAGCCAAUCCAGGUACAGCCGUGAAGAUCGAAUUCACAUCCAUAAACCAAUUGAUCUAUACGAGCCAGCGUGGCCUAGCUUCGAAAGUGGCGCGUUGCGAUCCAUG